ACAUCUUAUUUUGACAAACGGAUGUUGUUUCACGUGGUUCUUUCCGCUAACUUUGCAAAACCGGAUGUUGUCACAUAAAUCCUUCCGCUAACGUUAUCAAAACCCUCGCGCGCUCCUGAUCGAAUGUGUUUACCGUGAGCAUCAGUCUCUAGGGGCUCAGACAUGUGAGAGUCGGCUGAGUUGACCCAGAGAUUCAACUCGGGGGACGGGGACGCCGCUCGGUGCGUGAGGAUCCCCUCGUGGACCUCUCACUCUGCGGCCCUCGCCGGGCGCAUCGUCUCCGUUGCGGUGCGCGGCGAUUGAAACGUCUCUGAUAGUUGUUCUCGCAGAUGUUACGUCAUCUGAUCGGCCGUUUUGAGAACGCCGAUCAAAACCGAUAAUGGGAAUAUCGGCCGAUAUGGAUCGGCGCCGAUCAGAUCGGUGCAUCCCUACUUUGAAGACAUACACAAAAAAAGAAAAAGAGCAUUUCAUGAGAAACUCUUGUGCUAUUUAUUUAUUUUUGUUCGGUACUGCAAACUAUUACAGUUUUUUUCAAGCGCUACCAAGCAUUUGUCCAAUCAGUGGUCACAUUUUCAAAACUCUAAACACAAUUAUCACAGCAUCGGUGUUUUGUGGCCGUACCAUUCACACAUUUCAUGUCGUUUUCAAACAAUAUGCAGUCAGUGAACACAUUUUCACAAUGCUUACAUUUUCUUAACAGACAAGCUAUACCUCUAAACAAAAUUAUGGAUUAUUUUUGUAUUAUUUACUCAUGUUAACACACAACAUCCCACAAUGGCAAACACAAUAUUCCAAACCUUAGAUACAGUCUAAAAACCUGUUCUGCAAUGAUAUCAGUUCUAAAACAAUAUAUCUCAGCUGAUAAUAAACAAACAAUUGAUUCCCCAUCUCCUGAUGGUAGGCAGGAGAUGGGGAAUCCGACAGGAGUUAUCGUCUCAAAUGGUGACUAUGAUAGAGAGAAGUUUGCUGAGAACUCGGUGCCUUUGUUGCUGAUUGGCACCAAGUUUGACCAGAUCCCAGAGACCAAGCGCAAUGAAGUUCUCACACGGACGGCCUUCCUGUCUGAAUACUUCAAUGCAGAGGAGUUCAAUCUCGACUGCACCAACCCGAGAUACCUCGCUGCAGGAACAUCAAAUGCAGUGAAACUCAGCAGAUUCUUUGACAAGGUUAUAGAGAAGAGAUAUUUCACAAGAGACCCAAGUCCGAUGACGGGUUUCUCAGACAGAAAACGGUUCAACUUCAAAAGUUUGCACUACGACUGACAACAGCUGUGGUCUGGUCUGUGGUUUGGCAGCAAUGCCUCUGGGCUUUAACACCACACGUAAACCAUCACCCCGACAUACUUUCUCUCCCCCGCCCCCGCUACUGUCAACUUUUGCAUCUGCUGUAAUGAUUGACAAUGAAUUAUAAUAACUAUAUUAUAUAUGAUGAAUAAUUAAUAGAGUGAUAAAGAUACAUAUGUACAUAGUUAAC